UGUUACCUUGCCCUUGGGAGCAUUAUCGUGUCGGCCUCUUAUCUGAUUUUCUUUUAGUGCUGUUUCUCAGCACUGCUACUUAGUACAGGCAUGUUGUAUGUGGACUGGUAACAAUCCAGCACCAAGCCCUUCAGUAGGAGUGUUGGUUUAACGAGGGAUCAAGGUCCAGGAAGAUAAGAAGAGGUUGAUGGCUGACGCACAGUCAGUGUUGUGUUACCAAAGACUGCUAUCUAAUUACCAUCAACAGCAGGUACAGAGUGGCAGCUCUCUGAACACCGUGUUUUUAUCAGUCGAGCAACUGGAAUUUAUGAAAGACUAACACCCAAAGGAACUCUAAAACACGACUUGUAUGUGGUUCUUUUGAAGAUCUCUAUCAUGGAUAAGAAGUCUGAGGUUUAUCUCUUCUCUCUGGUCUUGUUGUUGGGGCUUAUUCAGUGCUCAGGGGCCAUCUUGUUCUGGACCGCCGAUGUGGAAGUCUCGUAUAGCAUGGACAACCAGUCCGUGAACCUCUUUUGUCAGUGUGGGGUGUACGGUCGCAACUCUCCCCUGCGUGCGGCGUUAGGCAGAGUUGUCCUGCCCAGCUCUGACCCUUAUGGCUGUGGAACUGAUCACGUCUACAGACCCAACAUCUCCGUGCCCUGGAUUGCCCUGGUAGAGAGAGGAAGCUGUAGCAUCAGUGACAAGAUCAAUGCCGCCAAGCGCCAGGGGGCAGACGGUGUUGUGGUCUAUAACCUGGAUGGCACCGGAAACAGAACCAGCAACAUGGCACACCAAGAAGCCCAAGGCAUUGUGGCCAUUAUGAUUGGAAACCUCCUAGGUAAGGACUUAGUCAACCUUGUGAACAGUAGCAUUGAAGUAAAGAUGGUUAUCGAUGUCCACGGACCCUGGAUGGACACCUAUUGGCUGUACUUCCUGUCCAUCUCAUUCUUUGUAGUAACGGCAGCUUCCAUUGGCUACUUUAUCUUUGUCUCUGCCAACCGCAUCCUUAGCCUACGGGCGCAGAGAAGCGCAGAGUCACGGCUCAAGUCUGAGGCAAAGAAAGCCAUUGGUCGGUUAGAAGUGCGCAGGUUGAAACAAGACGACGAAGCGAUCGGGUCCGACUCCCACACCUGUGCCGUGUGCAUCGACUCGUACAAGCCGGGAGAGGUGGUGACUGUUCUCACCUGUGGACACUUCUACCACAAGGUGUGCAUCGAGCCCUGGCUGCUUGAGAAGAGGACCUGUCCCAUGUGCAAGUGUGACAUCCUGAAGGCUCUGGGCGUGGAUGCUGAGGAGGAGAAGGACGGUUCACCCAACUCUCCACCAGAUGUCACCGUGGUGACGGUGUCAGGAGAAGAGCAUCUCUUCGAGGUGUCGUUGACAGACACGUCAACCCCGGAACUUGAGAGGCACCAGGACCCGCAUCACUAUGACAACGUGGCCUUCGAGGGAGACUCUCAGAUCAUGAACAAUACAGCUGCCAGAGGAUGAGCAAAACAUUGUCAGAAUAAUCCAUGAAUCACAGCGCAACACUGCUCUGUAUCACUGUAUUAGUAGUUUAAGGUCAAACUUAUGUUUUGACUAAAUUGUGUCGUUGAACAGGGCGGCAGAGAUUUUUUAAUAUGUUUUCAUAUGAUCAAAUGUACACCUAUGCUUUUGCAAUGUGAAAUCAUGUGUCAUUGUUCAGCUGUUCCCAGCUAGAAAUUCAGGGGAUUGGAUAUUGAUUCAGUUUGAUUCAGAAAAUUGACUUUUGUUGAAACUUGAGUUGGUAAGGAAGUUAACUUCUUUAGAUGCCCCGAUAGCAGUGGCCCUGGGUACCUACCUCUAUAUUCAUUUUCAAUACGAGAAGUGAAGAGGAAUAUGAUUGCUUUCUAUUUCUGUGAUCAAGAUUUGACCUCAUAAAAUAAGUUACUUAGUUUGCUAGAUGAUAAGGAUUACUCUAUAUAGUUUUUUUUAUUAAAGUAGCCUAUAUAUAUUUAGAAACACCAGAUUCUGAGUCGAAAAUGUUCUGUUAUGAUGAUUGAAAUAACCAAAGCUGUAAUGAAUCACAUUGAUACGUUAAGUGCAAUACAUAUCCCAGAAAGAGCAUUGUGUAUAUAUAUAUAUAUAAACCUUAA